AUGGAGAUCCAGUCGCUCAUCCAGUUCAGGACAGGUAUCCUGUGCACGAUGCCCAAAAGCUGGCCGCUUUGGGACUACGCUGACUACGGCUGCUACUGUGGACUGGGCGGCUCUGGCACGCCUGUGGACGAGCUGGACAGUGCUGCAGUGCAGCAAGCUGUUACGGUGAUGCCCGAGAAGCUCAAGGAAUGCUGGUCCUUCUUCCACAACCCUUACACCAAGAUGUACUCCUCCAUCUGUGACAAAAAGCAGACGAUCACCUGCCAACAGUUAGUGCACCGAGGCGACAAGAGCGUGAGGAUUAUUAAAGAAGAAGAAUUAACCUCCUAA